AUGCACUGGAACCACCGCUACCUCCCCCACUGGAAGGACAGUGUAACUAGCAAAUAUCCUCAGGGGAGACACGUCCCUCCAGACGACAUUGGAGCCAGUUUCUACCCAGAGCUCGGUUGCUACAGCUCACGGGAUCCGGCUGUAGUAGCGACUCACAUAACUCAGCUGCGAGUGGCCGGUGUGGGAGUGAUCGUUGUUUCGUGGUACCCGGCGGGUCUCGCUGACGAAGAGGGACCCCCGCCUGAUCCAGUCAUUCCGGUUUUACUGGACGCCGCCCUUGCACACGACAUCAAACUCACCCUUCAUAUUGAGCCGUACAAGGGGAGGACCCCGCAAUCAGUGCGGGAAGACCUCCAAUACAUCCACUCCCACUACAGCAACCACCCUGCCUUCUAUAAGCUGGAGAGAUUGGAUCCUAAUGAUGGGGCGAUGCUCCACCUUCCUCUCAUCUAUAUCUAUGACUCCUACCUCAGUGACGCAAGAGAGUGGGCGUCUAUCUUCAAACGAGGGGGGCCCCUCUCCGUACGAGGUACUGACGAGGAUUGUGUUGCCAUAGCUCUGCUUGUGGAGCACGCCCACAUGAAGUCUGCAGUGGACGGAGGAUUCGACGGAGUCUACACUUACUUUGCCGCCGAGGGCUUCAGUUUCGGGUCCACUUACACCAACUGGGGCACCGUGUCCGAGUUUGCUGCGGAGAAGAACUUGAUUUUCAUCCCCAGUUUCGGGCCGGGCUACGACGAUCUUCAGGUGCGCCCCUGGAACAGACUCAGUACUCGGGACAGGAAAAACGGAGCCUACUACAAAGAGGGCUUCAGGAGAGCGAAGCGUAGCAGUAGAGGAGGACUGGUGUCCAUUACCUCCUUCAAUGAGUGGGGAGAGGGCACACAGAUUGAGCCUGCCGUCCCCAAAAUCACGUCGUCCAGAACUUAUCUCGACUAUUCUCCUGGGAGGCCGGACUUUUACCUUCAGUUGACCAGAGACAUGGCAGAGGAACUGCCAAAUGAUUGUGGCAUAACAUGA